AUGCAUAAUUAUCGCGGAGUUAGACCGUCUACUGCCAAAAUGAACACACUACCUCCAGAGACAGAAAAUCUGGAAGAGUACAUGAAAAUACUUUAUGAUCACUAAAAGGCCUGUGAGAAAGCAGGUAAAUAUUUGGAGGCUGAUUGUGCAAAAUAAAGAUUGAAAGAACUCAAAGCUAAAUACGAAUCCAAAACCAAAAUAGAUAUAAGAGAAAGACAUGAAUCAGAAAAAUAUGAACUGACUCAAUCACAUCAAGAAGAAAUGUAAAAUUUCAAUGCUUUUUGGGAUGAAAAAAUACAAGAGUUUGAAUAAGAUGCACAGAAGCUCAAAAAUGAACUAUAACAAAAAUAAGAAGAUGAAAUGCAGUAAUUCCUAUAAGAUUUAGAAGGUUCUAUUCCAUAAACACCUAAAGAUUCUGCAGAAUUGUUGAGUCUCAAAAAAACUGAAGAGUAAUUAGCAAGAUAAGAAGAAUAUUUGGAAGCACAUAAAAUACAAUCCAGAAUAGUGUAGCUUCAGAAGGAAGAACAAGAGAAGUGGGCUUUAAUGAGGAACAAUAAAAUAAAGAACCUUCUCCAGCAAUAAAAGAUCAAGCAAAAUAAUGAAACCAAUGUGUUGAAUUAGAGAAUUGAGAAUGCCUAAGAGGAGUAACGAAAAAUCAAAAAAGCAGAGGAAGAAAAGUUAAUUUAAAAGUACAAUAAUGUUAAAAAAGAAUUAGAAGGAAAACAACUUUAAGAAUUGUAAAGAGUCGACAAAGACUUUAAGAAUACAACCUCUAUUUUUGUAACUUCAAAAAUGUCCAAAAUGGCUUCUCAAUCUGGUUCCUAAAUGCAAAGCGAGGACUAGUAAUUCAAAGGGAAAAAUUGAAUAUCAAUUAUAACAUUAUUUAUUAUAUUUUACUCCUUCAA